GUCGGGAGCUACGGCUAUUGUUGGUUGGGAGGCAACAAGCGGAGCCGGUUGACGGAGUUACAGAAUGGCUGUGGAAAGCGCCCGCGAUUACGCCGUGGUUUUGUUCCGGUCUUUGGUAUCUAUGGGAACGUCUCUAGGGUCUGUUACAAGACAGACUUUAUCUGCUGCCCUUCCACCUGCAGCUCGGCCUUUCCGGGUGUGUAACCACAACAGAAGCAGCCGCAGAGGAGUUGUUGCAAGCAAUCUACAGGAGCUUAUUAGCAAGACAUUAGAUGCCUUAAUGAUAACUGCUGGGCUGAUAACACUGGUUUUGGAGGAAGAUGGCACAGUGGUGGAUACGGAAGACUUCUUUCAGUCGCUGGGAGAUAACACACACUUCAUGCUUCUGGAGAGAGGACAGAAAUGGAAGCCAGGGCCAAGCUAUGACAUCACAACUGUACAGAAGCCAAAGAAAAUGGGAGUAGCAAACAUUACCUUGGACUUGUACAAGCUGAAUCCUAAGGAUUUCAUUGGAUGUCUAAAUAUCAAAGCUACCUUCUAUGAAAUCUACUCUGUGUCCUAUGACAUUAAAUGCAUGGGAGCAAAGAGUAUACUGCGGAAGAUGCUUAGACUACUAUCGCACGCUGCACAAGUAACAGGACAGCUUCUUCUCUGCACAGGAACAUACAUGCUACAAUUAAUGGGUGACUGUGAAGAUGAUCUGAUUAAAAAUACAAAGCACUAAAAUGAGCACGAGAGCCUUAAAUAGUUAUCCAGCUGACACACUUCAAGCAUUCUUCUUGGAAUAUUUUUAAAUAUUUAUCUUGUGUUUAAAUAUCUCAAAUUGAGCUUCACACAACUGAUCAAAAUUUAACUAAACCACCUUCCUCUCUAGGUUUUUAUUUGUAAGAUAAUGAUGUGAGAACUGUAAAUAUGAACGGAGUCUUUUUAAUGCAGGGAAAGGGACAGUGUCUUAAGCAGAGGAACUUUUGUGCCAUAACCCAAAAUGAUGAGAUCAUUUGGCGUGGCAUGGAGGCACUCACUGAUGUUUGUCAAGUGACAUGAUUCCAUAAACCAUCUCCAUUAACCACCAUGUAAACAUUACUGUUUAACAGCCACGUAGUGCAUUCUAAAUUGGGUUUCUGUAGCUUAUAUGGAUGUUCAACACUAAGCUACACUUUGAAGUGUUUUCUCUUUCACUAACAUGUAAAUAAAAAAAAUCAAUUUCA